AUCACCCUCCAAAAGGAUUGUCAAGAUGACUGGUUCUGGUUCUCCUUGUGGAGCCUGCAAGUUUUUGAGGAGAAAAUGUGUGAGGGGUUGUGUUUUUGCUCCUUAUUUCUGCCAUGAACAAGGCGCUGCCCACUUUGCUGCAAUUCAUAAGGUUUUUGGUGCAAGCAAUGUGUCCAAACUCCUCGGUCACCUACCGGUGAGUGACAGGUGUGAAGCUGCGGUUACCAUUGCUUAUGAAGCUCAAGCCAGACUUCAAGAUCCCAUCUAUGGAUGUGUCUCACACAUUUUUGCCCUCCAGCAGCAGGUUGUUAAUCUACAAGCACAGCUAGCUUCUCUGAAGGAGCAAGCAGCUCAAAGCCUUUUCAAUGGGUCCAGUGCUGGAAACCUCAAUGAGAAAUUCUUUGGGAAACUUCCUUCUUACCAGCAAGACUUUCAGAGUUGGUUUCAGUUGGAGAAUUUGAACACAGUGCCACAGUUUGAUCCAAACCUCACCGGUAAUUCGGAAACCAUGCCGUAUUCCCAAAGUGGGUUCGUGGACCCUAGCCCUAUGGAGAAUUAUAAAAAUUCAAUGUUCCCGGAGGAAAAUGUCUCCUUCGCCAGUUUCGAAGAGGCUUCUCAUUCCAUGGCUUCUCUGGACAUGCAAGGAAACAGAAGGAAAUGGGCUUACCAAGAUGAUGCUGACGAACUCCAGUCAGUGGCCUUUGGCUAUAUCCGGCAUUCAUGAGGGAAAUUUGGAGUUGGAAACAUAUCAUGGAUCGGUGAAGACGAUUUCGUCAAUUUUGAAUUGCUACUGCAUAUAUACUCUUGAACAUGAACUUUUGCUGCUCUAAAAUAAGCUAGGAAACCUAGAAUUAUAUGUUGAUAGAAUUGAAGGCCCUACAAUAUAAUCUACCCUAUGAUUGUUUUUCUUAUAUCUUGUGUAACCUAGCUUGGAAAUGGAUAGAAUAAUAGUGUAAUUCUCUGACAAAACCAGAGAAAAUCGGGUUUUGUUUUUGAGUUAAUUAGCUUUGUUUAGUGUCUAAGUUUUUGACCUAAUAAAGACUCUUUAGGCACCUAGUUUGCUUUUAUUCCAAA